AUAUCACGACUUCUCAAAACGAACCCCACACCCUCUCCCACCUGGACCCCCGAAGUCGCCGCCAUGGCCCGCAGAUCCGUGCAACUCCUCCGCCACCUCCUCACGAAAGCAACCGCCCCAACCCUCUCCUCCACCUCCAACCCAACCCGAUCCGUAACCUACAUGCCCCGCCCUGGAGACGGCGCCCCUCGCGCCGUAACACUAAUCCCCGGCGACGGAAUCGGUCCUCUCGUCACCAACGCCGUCGAGCAGGUCAUGGACGCAAUGCAUGCGCCAAUCUACUUCGAGACCUUCGAGGUCCACGGCGACAUGCCGAAGGUUCCGGAUGAGGUGAUGGAGUCGAUCAAGAAGAACAAGGUGUGCUUGAAGGGCGGGCUGGCGACGCCCAUGGGCGGCGGCGUGAGCUCUCUCAAUUUGCAGCUGAGGAGGGAGCUCGAUCUCUACGCCUCCCUCGUCAACUGCUUCAAUCUGCCGGGGCUGGUGACGAAGCACGAGAAUGUCGAUAUUGUCGUGAUCAGGGAGAAUACUGAGGGCGAGUACUCUGGGCUCGAACACGAGGUCAUUCCUGGCGUCGUUGAAAGCCUUAAGGUGAUCACAAAGUUCUGCUCGGAGCGUAUUGCUAGAUAUGCGUUUGAGUAUGCUUACCUAAACAACAGAAAGAAGGUGACUGCUGUGCACAAAGCAAACAUUAUGAAGCUUGCAGAUGGUCUUUUCUUGGAGUCUUGUCGUGAGGUCGCCACAAACUAUCCUAGCGUUGCGUAUAAUGAAAUCAUUGUCGACAACUGCUGCAUGCAGCUUGUUUCGAAGCCUGAGCAAUUUGAUGUCAUGGUGACACCGAAUCUUUAUGGCAAUCUUGUUGCCAAUACAGCAGCUGGUCUUGCUGGUGGCACUGGAGUUAUGCCAGGAGGCAAUGUUGGGGCUGAUCAUGCUAUUUUCGAGCAAGGCGCUUCAGCAGGAAAUGUUGGAAAUCAGAGAAUAAUGGACCUAAAGAAAGCAAACCCAGUGGCCCUCCUUCUCUCCUCCGCCAUGAUGUUGAGACAUCUGCAAUUUCCAUCAUUUUCUGAUCGACUAGAAACCGCAGUGAAACGAGUAAUAUUGGAGGGUAAGUGCAGGACAAAGGACCUUGGAGGACAGAGCACAACCCAAGAGGUUGUUGAUGCGGUCAUUGCUGCCUUAGAUAGUUAGAUUGACAGAGAAGAGAAGAUAAGGUAUCCAUUCUUCAGCCACCGUUCAUCGCCCCAUAUCAUUUUUUCAAUUUGGCACGGAAAGUGUUUACCUGCCAUAAAUUUUGAAACCUUUUAACAUAAUUCUUUGAUUUCCUCCUCUAAAUAUUUCACAAGUUUUGUUUCAUAAUAAUUUUGAAAGAUAAACACCGAUUCUGGUGUUUUUAAUACAAAGUUCCGAUCUAUCGUGUUUAUUCUCAA